AUCAGUCCGGGUGUUCCCCAGAUUUGUUCUCCCUGUGCAAACUGUGGGCAUCUGUUUUAUUAGUGCAAACAGUUGCUCAUCUGACAGCCCUCUCUCACGCUGGCUAUAAAAGAUGGAGGGUAGCAGGUUCUUUAGUACAUCCUUCAACUGAGCUGUGUCUGCAGUGGAACCAGAGGAUCUUCUUAACCAUGAGGCUACUGAUCCAGACCUUCACGAUCUGCCUGGCUCUCUUCCUCUGCCUGGCAGCUCCCUCGCAUCACCAUGACGAUGUUAAAGGUGAAAAGGUAAUUGGGGCUAGUGACCAUUCUAAUGACGACGCCCACUCCGACCAUGCAAACAAUGGCCCCGACCACGCAAACAAUGGCCCCAACCAGAAAAACAACGGCCCAGACCACGAAAACAAUGGCCCCAACCAGAAAAACAACGGCCCAGACCACGCAAACAAUGGCCCCAACCAGAAAAACAACGGCCCAGACCACGAAAACAAUGGCCCCGACCACGCAAACAACGGCCGUAACCAGAAAAACAAUGGCCCCUGCCAUAAAAACAACGGCCCCGAUCAUGCAAACAACGGCCCCGACCACAAAAAUAACGGCACCGACCACACAAACAACGGCCCCGACCACACAAACAACGGUGCAAGCCAUAAAAACAACGGCCCAUGCCAUGCAAACAACGGCCCCGGCCAUGCAAACAACGGCCCCGACCACGAAAACAAUGGCUCCGACCACGCAAACAAUGGCCCUAACCAGAAAAACAAUGGCCCCGACCACGGAAACAAUGGCCCCAACCAGAAAAACAACGGCCCAGACCACGAAAACAAUGGCCCCGACCACGCAAACAACGGCCAUAACCAGAAAAACGGCGGCCCACACCACGAAAGCAAUGGCCCCGAUAACGCAAACAACGGCCAUAACCAGAAAAACAAUGGCCCAGACCACAUAAACAAUGGCCCCGGCCAUAAAAACAACGGCCCCGACCACGCAAACAACGGCCGCGACCACGCAAACAAUGGCCCCAACCAGAAAAACAAUGGCCCAGGCCAUAAAAACAACGGCCCCGACCACGCAAACAACGGCCCCGACCACGCAAACAAUGGCCAACACCAGAAAAACAAUGGCCCCAACCAGAAAAACAAUGGCGCAGGCCAUAAAAACAAUGGCCCCGACCACGCAAACAAUGGCCCCGACCAUGCAAACAACGGCCCAGACUAUUAAAACAACAGCCCCGACCACACAAACAAUGAUCCUGCCUGUGAAGAAGAACGUGGUCAAGGAGCUGCUUGGCUGUGACCAUCAUGUGUGAGCGACAGAAAGAAGAUAACACCACCUCUAUAGGAAGACCACCAACCUUCCAUCUUCUGAAUAAUUUAAAAAAAAAAGUUAAAAAAAGAAAAGUUUGAUUCUAAAAACUGCAAAUGAAGCUAGGUCUUUUUUUGGCCAAUGUGCGUUGUGUUAUUUUAAAUAGCUGUAUCCAAACAACAAGGCUAUUAUGUCUCUGUCAGCACUGUCUGUAAACAUUGACAACCACCUGUGCACUUUGUGGCUGAUGAAUAAACUAAAAUAAACAU